CCCCCCCGGCCGGUCCUGCCUCCCUCCUGCCCGGCUUCAACAUGAUGAAGUUUAGGUUUCGUCGGCAGGGCACCGACCCGCAGAGGGAGAAGAUAAAACAGGAGCUUUUCGCCUUCAACAAGACUGUGGAGCAUGGGUUCCCUCAUCAGCCCAGUGCUUUGGCCUUUGACCCCAAGCUGCAACUUAUGGCCAUCGGGACAAAGUCAGGAGCUAUUAAAGUCCUGCCAGAUGAUUACAGAUGUGGGAAAUCUUUGGGGCCGGUGGAAUCUCUUCAGGAACAUCCUCAGCAGUCUGGGAAGAUUCUGAUCGGCUACAGCCGGGGCCUGGUGGUCCUAUGGGAUCUGAGCACCCGUCAUGCCGAGCAGCUCUUCCUGGGCAAGCAGCAGCUGGAGAGCCUGGUAUGGGAACGCUCUGGAAACUUGUUUGUCAGUUCCCAUAACGAUGGAGGUUACUCCGUUUGGGCUGUUACUAAUGGCAACACCUACAAUCACCAGCCAGUGUCGUCAACCAUUCCAUAUGGUCCAUUUCCCUGCAAGGCCAUCAACAAGAUCCUGUGGAGGACAACACAGACGGGUUCCCCAGUGUUGUUAUACAGUGGUGGGAUGCCCAGAGCCAGCUACGGUGACCGCCACUGUCUGACCAUCCAACAAGACAAAGACCACGUCACUCUGGACUUCACAUCCCGAGUCAUCGACUUCUUCACUGUCCACAGCAUAGAGCAAGAGAAAGAGUACGAUGACCCGUCAGCCUUGGUAGUGUUAUUGGAAGAGGAGCUGGUUGUGAUCGACCUCCAGACCCCAGGGUGGCCCACUCUGCCCACACCUUACCUGGCUCCUCUCCACUCCUCAGCCAUCACCUGCUCCUUCCACAUCUCCAGCGUCCCUCCCAAACUCUGGGAGAGGCUGGUUAACGCCGGCAGAGCACAGCAGGGCCGACAACACGCGCACGGGAGUUGGCCGAUAUGUGGAGGGAAAAACCUGGCACCUCAACCCAAACAGCAAGAGCUGCUGUUGACAGGACAUGAAGACGGCACUGUGCGUUUCUGGGAUGCAUCAGGUGUUGCUCUUACUCCGCUGUACAAACUCAGCACGGCCAAUGUCUUUCACACUGACUGUGACCCUAGCGACGAUCCCCAGGACCCUAGCGACGACCCCGACAUGCAGCAGGAGGAGGAAUGGCCUCCCUUCAGGAAGGUGGGAUGUUUUGACCCGUACAGUGAUGACCCCAGGCUGGGCAUCCAGAAGAUCAGUCUGUGCAAAUACAGCAACAAGCUGGUGGUGGCUGGAACUGCUGGACAGGUGAUCGUUCUGGGUUUGAGCGACGAGCGUUCUGACCACCUGGUGGACGUGUCGGUGGUUGAUCUGCUACAGGACAGGGAGGGCUUCACCUGGAAGGGCCACGACAGGCUGGAGCCGCGUCUUAAACCCGCCCCCUUCCCCCCAGGCUUUCAGCCGCUAGUGCUGGUGCAGUGCCUGCCCCCGGCCUCUGUAACGGCGGUGGCGCUGCACGCAGAGUGGAACCUGAUCUCCUUCGGGACGAGUCAUGGAUUUGGCCUGUUUGACUACCACAGACGAAAUGCAGUACUGGCCAGGUGCACCCUGCACCCUAAUGACUCCUUGGCAAUGGAGGGCCCCCUUUCCAGAGUCAAGUCCUUGAAAAAGUCCUUACGACAGAGCUUCAGACGCAUCCGCAAGAGCAGGGUGUCGGGGAAGAAGCGCACCAUCACCACACCCACCAGCAAGGUCCAGGAGGCUAACGCUGCUCUAGCGGAGCAGGAGGAUGUGGCUCCGGUGCAGCGAAGGAUUGAACCCCGGUCAGCAGACGACUCGCUGUCUGGAGUUGUCCGCUGUCUCUGCUUCGCUGACACCUUUCUACGUGACGGUACACAUCACGGCCCCACGCUAUGGGCGGGCACCAACUCGGGGAGUGUGUACGCCUAUGCUCUGGAGGUGCCUGGCGUGGGCUCGGGGCGUGUGUGCGAGCGCGGCGGAGCGGGCGAAAGCAGUGUGUGUGUGGAGGCUGUGUUGGGUAAAGAGAUCCAGCUGAUGCACAGGGCCCCCGUUGUGUCAAUCUCUGUGUUGGAUGGCCGGGGGAAGCCGUUACCCGACCCCUAUGAAGCCUCCCAGGACCUCGCCAUCGCGCCGGAUAUGACCAACGCUCACUCUGUCCUCAUCGCCUCAGAGGAACAGCUGAAGGUGUUCUCUCUCCCCAAGGUGAGCGCCAAGACCAAGUUCAAGCUGACGGCGCACGAAGGCUGUCGGGUGAGGAAGGUGGCCCUGGUGAUCUUCAGCUCCACAGCUCAGGAAGACUACAGCGAACACACACUGGUCUGUCUGACCAACCUGGGCGACAUGCACCUCUUUAACAUACCUGCCCUUCGACCUCAGGUGCGCUACGACUGCAUCCGUAAAGAAGACAUCAGUGGCAUUGCUUCCUGCGUCUUUACCAAGAACGGACAGGGUUUUUACCUGAUCUCUCCCUCUGAGUACGAGAGGUUCUCCCUGUCUGCCAAGGUCCUCACUGAACCGCUCUGCUCUGUUCAGCUGGACCGACCACUAGAGCCCACACCUGCCAGCGAUGGCACGCCGACGCAGCCGCAGGCCAACGGAACCCACAAGAACCAGAUGGGUCAGGCUGAGGGGCAAACAGAAGAGCCUCCGAGCGCCCUGUCCUCUCCAAUCCUGGACACCCCGCUGGACUCCCCCCUCAGCUGCGCCGACCUCACCCUCGACUCCACCGGAGAAAUCACUGUGGAGGAUGUCAGGGAUUUUCUAACCACCGUCGACGAGGCAGAGAAUAACCUAAAGAACAUUAAAGAGGAGGAGGGACGCUCGACUGGCAUCCUCAUUAACUGAACAGUAUUACAGGGAGGGGCUCAAGUGGUCUGGAUGGACCGGAUUUCAGUGCUGGACCACAAACAUCUCCCAUCAGCCUACUGUGGAGCCCCCAGCCAGCACUCUACUCUCUCCUGUUAGCCUGGCACCAGCUGGGAGGAAAGCCUUAAUACGGACAAAGAAUACAGCAUGAAAGACCCUUGUUGUGGUUCCUCCUCAUUGGAAGAACUAAAUCUUCUUCUGUAACCACUUUGGAAACAUGACAUUGCCUCCGACAUGGGCACGCAGACAGCCUCUACCUUGCCGGGCGUGGAUGGAUUUGGACCAGAUUAUUCUGAUUUCAAGAACUGAAAACUGGAAUUUCCUUCAUCCAUCUUGACUUUCUCUGUGCGAUCAUUCCUCCUUGGCCCUUUCCCCCGGUGACGUGACGGUCAUGGGAUGUGACUGUGGCUCAGCCUUUUGGAGCAAAGGGCUGUUACAUUCUGCAUAGGAGACUUACCGGUGAUGUUUCUGUGUUUUUAUAUUUCUAUCCACAGUCUUUGUGGCGUGCUAGAAUCGGUCUGAGGCCCCCCCCCCCCCCCACCCACAGUUGGAACUGGAAUUGGCAGUCGCCGAAUAUCCUUGUUGAUUCCUCGUGCACACUAGUGGAUGUGUUGGAUUGUUCUGCACGCUGCCUAACACCACAACAGCCCUGCGAAUGACCCGCGCUUAUGAACUGAGGAUGUUCAGCAGAGACCGAGCGUUUUUAGAGAGCAAGACUAGCAAAUGAAGUAUUUUGAGUAUUUGUGUAUUAAAAGCUGUAGCAUUUGUAUUCUUCCCCUAUUAUGUGCCAUUAAGGGCAGUUGAAUUGCCUCGCCCAGUGUCCUGUGUGAGGCGGUGCAUUAAUCAACUGUUUUCAAAUCAGAGAGCCAGUAUGUUACUACACACAAGCACAUCACCGCCAAGGUUGAAGGAAGGAAGCUCUCUGUCUACUCUCUCGGUGUUGAAGAAAAAGAGUGCCGGGGUUAAUGAAGGUGGUUUAUAUUGCAAAGAUUGAUGCUUUAUUAAAUAUGUUUUGUACGGCUUUUGGAGAAAGUAAAGGUAUUUUAAUGAGAACUAGAACGGGGGACGCGAGAGGAGAGAAUAAACACCAAUUUCAAAGGGAACCAGCUGGUGAAGAGGGAAGGGAAGGUGGUUCUGUAUAUUUAGGACUAGAGAAGAUUUAGGUGAAAUAAUAUUUUUGACACUUUUUGAAUUACCUUUAUUGCUAAAUGCAUGACGUUGGACAAAUACAUUCUUUAUCUCUUAUUUGUGUUUUUAUCAGGCAAGUGCAAACUGGGCCAUGAGUCACGUGGGGAGGGUGGGCCGCGACAUCUGGGCAGUGUAAUACGGAGGUACACCGGUACGACACAUCUGCAGUGAAUUCUUUAAGCAGCCUUUUAUUCUGUGACGUCAGUGAAACAUCUGUCAGCAGUGAAACAAUAAAGUUUGUUUUUAAUCCUCAUUUUCUGCCCUAGUUUGGUCAAAUUGGGACUGAUGAAAAUUUAAAAAAAGUUCUUGGUAGUUAAAAAAAUAAAAAAGUGGAUGAAGGAUGCGGCAAAAAGAGUCUUCAGUUGAAUUUCUCCUCCCUCCUCUGUUGAUGUUACAUCAUCUCAUGCAGAAAUCUCUUUUUGACGGGACUCAGGGAAGUGUGUGGCAAGGGAAGCAAAGUCAGUCUGAAUGCUAAAGUGUUAUGUACUGUGUACUAUGAUGCACCCAGGAGAUGUCUUUUUUUGGGGGGGGGUUUCUGUGAAUCGGUGCAUUCUGGGUAAUAUUGGCUUGAUGCAGAGGUUUGAUCACCAGUAUUUUUAACCCUUUUUAAAAAAAAAAAAGUUUUACUGUGUAAAAACAAAAAAUAUAUACAGUAUCUAUACCUAGGUUUACAGAAGACAGGUUUCUAACAGCAAGCCGAUGAUAGAAUAAAAUGUUAGAGCUAGAACUGGUUGUAGCCUAAAAACCGCUCAGUAUUCAAGCUUUUCAAUCACCUCACGUAAAACUAAAUAAAAAGUAAAAAAGGGACCUCACUAUUAACUAAUGUAGCUCGACAGGUAGGAGUCAUGUUAAUGCUUUUUUACUUUUGUCUUAGCUUUUUUUUGGUGCUCUGGUUGACACACAAAUAAUUAACACUUUGAUGCUACAGCUGGCACAAUUUACCUUUUUAAUUCCUCAAUUAAAAUGAAUUUGUUUCUACUUUGUCAUUCAGUUUUGUGAGUAGGAUUUUAAUCAGGCCAUUUAGCAUUUUGGCUGAUGAAGAAUUGUGAAUGUUAAUAAAAUUAUUUACUCUCUAUGGGA